UGUUUGGGUUGUAUAGGGGGGGGGGGGUUGAAGGUGAGGAACUCUUUAUCCUUCCAGGUGUUGAUUUGGGGUUUCAAAUCCCCCGGGGUGGUGAUGCCUCGCUGUUGGGUGUGGGGUUUUGGUGGGUGGGGUGGGGGGGUUUGUUUAGGGGUGUGGGACUUGUCUUCUAGGGGUAGGUAUUCCCUUAAAAGGUGGGGUUAAUGUCCUGGUCAUUCCCUGUAUCCAUGGUGUUGGGGUGUAACCGCCAAUUCCCAGGUUGUUCGGUUUAUCCGGUGUGGGUUGUAAAUAACUUGUUCUUAAAGGUGUGUUGGGUUUAAAAUCCCUUCACCAGGGGGGAGGGUAAUUUUUAACUGUCAUGUCCUAUAUUGGGAACCGUCCUCCCCUUAGAUGUUGGGUGUAACCCUUCCUCUGUCAUCCUCUAGGUGUGUGGGUGUAACCUUCCUCUGUCAUCCUCUAGGGGUGUGGGGUAACCUCCUUGUCAUCUCUAGGUGGUGGGUGUAACCUCCUCUGUCAUCCUCUAGGGUGGAUUUGGGGGUUUUUAACUUCCUCUGUCAUCCUCUAGGUGUUUGGGUGGUGAACCCUUUCCCCUGUCAUCCUCUAGGGGGUGGGGGUUAACCUUCCUCUGUCAUCCUCUAGGUGUGUGUGGGUGUAACCCUCCUCUGUCAUCCUCUAGGUGUGUGUGGGUGUAACCCUCCUCUGUCAUCCUCUAGGUGUGUGUGGGUGUAACCCUCCUCUGUCAUCCUCUAGGUGUGUGUGGGUGUAACCUUCCUCUGUCAUCCUCUAGGGUGGUGGGUUUUAACCCUCCUCUGUCAUCCUCUAGGUGGAUGGGUGUAACCCUCCUCUGUCAUCCUCUAUGUGGGUGUGUGGGUGUAACCUUCCUCUGUCAUCCUCUAGGUGGUGUGGGUGUAACCUUCCUCUGUCAUCUCUGGGGUGUGUGUGGGGUGUAACCUUUUCUGUCAUCCUCUAGGGUGUGUGUGGGUGGAACUUCUUGUCUCUAAAGGGGUGGUGGGUGUAACCUUCCCCUGUAUCUCUAGGUGUGUGUGGGGUAACCUUUCCCCUGUAUCCUAUAGGUGUGUGUGGGUGUAACCCUCCUCUGUCAUCCUCUAGGUGUGUGUGGGUGUAACCCUCCCCGUCUCCUCUAGGUGUGUGGGGUGUAACCUCCUCUGUCAAUUUUAGUGGUGGGGUUGGGUGUAACCCUCCUCUGUCAUCCUCUAGGUGGAUGGGUGUAACCUUCCUCUGUCAUCCUCUAGGUGUGGUUGGGUGUAACCUUCCUCUGUCAUCCUCUAGGUGUGGGUGGGUGUAACCUUCCUCUGUCAUCCUCUAGGUGUGGUGGGUUGUAAACCUUCCUCGUCAUCCCCUUUGGUGGUGGUGGGUGUUUAACCUUUCCCCUGUCAACCUCUAGGGUGUGGGUUGGGUUUUAACCUUUCCCCUGUCAUCCUCUAGUGUGGGUGGGUUUUAACCUUCCUCUGUCAUUCUCUAGGUGUGGGUGGGUGUAACCCUUCCUCUGUCAUCCUCUAGGUGUGGGUGGGUGUAACCUUCCUCUGUCAUCCUCUAGGUGUGUGGGGGUGUAACCCUCCUCUGUCAUCCUCUAGGUGUGGGUGGGUGUGUGGCGGUGCUGCUGUGCUGUCUUAAGGCCUCUACACCAGUGCAGGAGGAAGUGCUACUAGCUGUACUGGUCACCAUGAUGGAAUGGAGGAACAGCAAAGAAGACUGGUUCCUGUUCAGCAGGUAGGAGGGAGCAGACCUGUCUGUCUGCCUGGCUGGCUAGCUGAAUCUGUCUGGCUUGCUCUGUCUGUCUGCCUCUUUGUCUGUCAGUUUUUUGUAUUUUUAUUUGUUAGGGACCAUGUACAACAUCCCACUGCACCAGAUUUAGCUAGAUAGCUAUUUUUCAUCUGUCUCUCUGUCUGGCUCUCUGUCUGGCUUGUCUGGCUGGAUGGGUCUGGCUAUCUGUCUGGCUCGUCUGUCUGGCUCGUCUGUCUGGCUCAUCUGUCUGUCUAGCUGGCUGGAUCUGGCUAGAUGUCUGGAUCUGGCUGGAUCUGGCUGCUGGUAUCUGGUGGCAGUGGCUGGAUCUGCUGUUUCCGUGCUGGUUCUGUACUGCUGUGUUCGGACUACUGGUUAAACUGCCCUGGUUCGGCUGUUGGAUUGAUCUGGUUCCAUGUGAUCUGUUUCUUUGAAUAACUUUUGUCAUUUUGUGCUCUUCUCUCUCUUUCUCUGAUGUGUGCACCGUACGCCUUUACCCUCUGUAAGUCCAGUGACCUGUUAAACCCUUUACCCUCUGUGUUCCAGUGACCUGUUAAAACCCUUUACCCUCUGUGUUCCAGUGACCUGUUAAAAGCCUUUACCAUCUGUGUUCCAGUGACCUGUUAAAACCCUUUACCCUCUGUGUUCCAGAGUGACCUGUUAAAUUAAAACCCUUUACCCUCUGUGUUCCAGUGACCUGUUUUAAAACCCUUUACCCUCUGUGUUCCAGUGACCUGUUAAAACCUUUACCCUCUGUGUUCCAGUGACCUGUUAAAAACCCUUUACCCUCUGUGUUCCAGUGACCUGUUAAAACCCUUUACCCUCUGUGUUCCAGUGACCUGUUAAAACCCUUUACCCUCUGUGUUCCAGUGACCUGUUAAAACCCUUUACCCUCUGUGUUCCAGUGACCUGUUAAAACCCUUUACCCUCUGUGUUCCAGUGACCUGUUAAAACCCUUUACCCUCUGUGUUCCAGUGACCUGUUAAAACCCUUUACCCUCUGUGUUCCAGUGACCUGUUAAAACCCUUUACCCUCUGUGUUCCAGUGACCUGUUAAAAACCCUUUACCCUCUGUGUUCCAGUGACCUGUUAAAACACCUGUUACCCUCUGUGUUCCAGUGACCUGUUAAAACCCUUUACCCUCUGUGUUCCAGUGACCUGUUAAAACCCUUUACCCUCUGUGUUCCAGUGACCUGUUAAAACCCUUUACCCUCUGUGUUCCAGUGACCUGUUAAAACCCUUUACCCUCUGUGUUCCAGUGAUCUGUCCAAGACGACCGCGGCCCAGCUGUCUCUCACCGUGGAGAUGAUACGUUUCCUGUCACGGCUGGUGACUCAUUCUCCCACAAUCCUUGGGGGCAGCCAGUGGGACUUCCUGCUCUGCUCCAUGCUGGCCUGGCUAGAGGUAAGAUGGCUGCCCAGACCAUUGACCAGCAAAUACUCCAGGCCCUACAUAUCCCCCAUCCUCAUCACAUUCUGGUCAUUUAACAGACGCUCUUAUCCAGAGCGACUUACAGUUAGUGAAUUCAUCUUAAAAUAGCUAGGUGGGACUACCACAUUUCACAGUCAAAGUAAGUACACUGCUCAAAAAAAUAAAGGGAACACUUAAACAACACAAUGUAACUCCAAGUCAAUCACACUUCUGUGAAAUCAAACUGUCCACUUAGGAAGCAACACUGAUUGACAAUAAAUGUCACACUGCUGUUGUGCAAAUGGAAUAGACAACAGGUGGAAAUUAUAGGCAAUUAGCAAGACACCCCCAAUAAAGGACUGGUUUUGCAGGUGGUGACCACAGACCACUUCUCAGUUCCCAUGCUUCCUGGCUGAUGUUUUGGUCACUUUUGAAUGCUGGCGGUGCUUUCACUCUAGUGGUAGCAUGAGACGGAGUCUACAACCCACACAAGUGGCUCAGGUAGUGCAGCUCAUCCAGGAUGGCACAUCAAUGCGAGCUGUGGCGAGAAGGUUUGCUGUGUCUGUCAGCGUAGUGUCCAGAGCAUGGAGGCGCUACCAGGAGACAGGCCAGUACAUCAGGAGACGUGGAGGAGGCCGUAGGAGGGCAACAACCCAGCAGCAGGACCGCUACCUCCGCCUUUGUGCAAGGAGGAGUAGGAGGAGCACUGCCAGAGCCCUGCAAAAUUACCUCCAGCAGGCCACAAAUGUGCAUGUGUCUGCUCAAACGGUCAGAAACAGACUCCAUGAGGGUGGUAUGAGGGCCCGACGUCCACAGGUGGGUGUUGUGCUUACAGCCCAACACCGUGCAGGACGUUUGGCAUUUGCCAGAGAACACCAAGAUUGGCAAAUUCGCCACUGGCGCCCUGUGCUCUUCACAGAUGAAAGCAGGUUCACACUGAGCACGUGACAGACGUGACAGAGUCUGGAGAUGCCGUGGAGAACGUUCUGCUGCCUGCAACAUCCUCCAGCAUGACCGGUUUGGCGGUGGGUCAGUCAUGGUGUGGGGUGGCAUUUCUUUGGGGGGCCGCACAGCCCUCCAUGUGCUCGCCAGAGGUAGCCUGACUGCCAUUAGGUACCGAGAUGAGAUCCUCUGACCCCUUGUGAGACCAUAUGCUGGUGCGUGCGGUUGGCCCUGGGUUCCUCCUAAUGCAAGACAAUGCUAGACCUCAUGUGGCUGGAGUGUGUCAGCAGUUCCUGCAAGAGGAAGGCAUUGAUGCUAUGGACUGGCCCGCCCGUUCCCCAGACCUGAAUCCAAUUGAGCACAUCUGGGACAUCAUGUCUCGCUCCAUCCACCAACGCCACGUUGCACCACAGACUGUCCAGGAGUUGGUAGAUGCUUUAGUCCAGGUCUGGGAGGAGAUCCCUCAGGAGACCAUCCGCCACCUCAUCAGGAGCAUGCCCAGGCGUUGUAGGGAGGUCAUACAGGCACGUGGAGGCCACACACACUACUGAGCCUCAUUUUGACUUGUUUUAAGGACAUUACAUCAAAGUUGGAUCAGCCUGUAGUGUGGUUUUCCACUUUAAUUUUGAGGGUGACUCCAAAUCCAGACCUCCAUGGGUUGAUACAUUUGAUUUCCAUUGAUCAUUUUUGUGUGAUUUUGUUGUCAGCACAUUCAACUAUGUAAAGAAAAAAGUAUUUAAUAAGAUUAUUUCAUUCAUUCAGAUUUUUUGGAGCAGUGUACAUUUUUCCUCAAUAAAAAAAAGUUAUCUGCAAAGUCAGUGCUAGUAGGGAAAGAGGAUAAUUUGACUUACUGAGAUGUCUUAUUUAAGAUACUCUUUGAAGAGGAGGUAGGGUUUCAGAUGUUUUCAGAAGUUGGGCAGGGACUCUGCUGUCCUAGCUUCAGGGGGAAGCUGGUUCCACCAUUGGGGUGGGAGGGCCAAGAGACCAGAGGUGGCAGAACGGAGUGCUCAGGUUGGGGUGUAGGGUUUGAGCAUAGCCGGGGGGGGGGGGGGGGGGUGACAUGGGAGAACUGGGGAAGGUUGAACACAAGGCUUCCUGUGUGAUGAAAGGUCUUACUCUAUGGAUGUACCUGCAGGAGCGAGUCACUGCUUUAAUGUUUGCAGAGAACGACAGGGUGUUGUCCAGCGUCACACCAAGGUUCCAGACACGUUUCAUUUUACAGCUACACUCUACUACUCAAACGUUAUAUUGUUAAUAUCUCUAUAGAUCUGGGUCAUAGAAUGGCUAUCUGAUGAUAAUGGCUAAAUAGAUCUCUCCAAAUAUCUCAUAUGAUGACUAUUUAGAUGUAUCCUCGUCAGAUCUACUAGUCUCUUGGCUCAGGAUAUUGCUCUAUAGUACUCAUCUGGCUAUGUCUCAUGUAUAUAGUCUGUUAGAUAUUUCAUAUAGUUAUGCUCCUGUACAGUCUAUAUAUAUAGCUACAGGAUAGAACUGAUCAGCCUCUACUCGACUCUUCCUGCUGUCUAUAUAUGUACUCUCGUCAUCUUCUCCUUCUCUGUCUAUAUCUCUAUCGCUCUAUUCCUCUCUGCUCUCUCCUUCUCUCUCUCCUCUCUCUCCUCUCCUCUCUUCUCUCAUUCCCUCUCUCCUCUACUCUUCCCCCCGACUCCAGUGAUAAGGGGGUCUGUGGAACCCCUGGGUGCAGUUGUUAGUGUGUGAGAUCAUGUGAGAUGGUCGUGCAAGCUGAACCAGUUCUUCCACAGCGCCCCUGCCUGGUGUGGCUGACCUACUGCCUCAGAGCUGACCGCAGAGGUGGAACGACUGUCUUCAUAGAGGGGAUAUACAGCUGAUGCUGCCCUGCCUGGAAAAAUCACUGGAGGAUGGGGGGGGGGGGGGGGGGGGGGGGGGGGUCAGGGGUGGGGUAAGUUGUGGUGUGUGUAUGUGGUGUUGGGGGGGGGGAAGGGUGGGAUUGGGUUGGGGGUGUGUGGUGGGGGGGGUAAGUUGUUGUGUGGUGGUGGGGGGGUAAGUGUGUGGUGGGGGGGGGGGUAGGGUGGGUUGUGUGUGGUGGGGGGGUCAGUGUGUGGUGGGGGGGGGGGGGGGGUCAGUGUGUGGUGGGGGGGGGGGGUCAGGGUGUGUAUGUGUGGUGGGGGGGGUAAGGGUGGUAGGGUGUGGUGGGGGGGUAGGGUUUGUGUGUGGUGGGGGGGGGGGGGUGGGUGGGUAUGUGUGGUGGGGGGGUAAGGGGUGUAGGUGGGGGGUGGGUGGGGGGGGGGUCGGUAAGGGGUGGUGGUUGAAGGUGGGGGGGGGUCAGUGGUGUGGUGGGGGGGGUGGGGGGCGGGGUAAGGGUGGGUAGGUGUGGGGUGGGGGGGGUAAGGGUGUGGGGGGGUGGGGGGGGGGGGUGGGGGGGGGGGGGCAGGAGGUGGUGGGGAGGGGGGGGGGGGGUAGGGGAGUGGUGGGGGGGGGGGGGGGUAGGGUGUGUGUGUGCGUGGGGGGGGUCAGGGUGGGGCUGGUGGGGGGGUAAGGGUGGGGGGGGGGGGGGUCAGGGGGGGUGGGGGGGGUAGGUGGUAGUGGUGGGGGGAAGGGUGUGGUGGGGGGGGGGGGGUGGUGGGGGGGGUCAGGGGGUUGUAGGGGGGGGGGUGGUGGUGGGGGGGUCAGUGUGCUGUUGUGUGGUGGGGGGGUCAGGGUGUGUUUUGUGAUUGUUGUGGGUGUUGACUGUCAUUAUGAACAGUAUCCCAUCCAUACUAGUCCUAUACUAACAACCUACAUCCAUACUAGUCCUGUACUAACAACCUACAUCCAUACUAGUCCUAUACUAAUAACCUACAUCCAUACUAGUCCUAUACUAACAACCUACAUCCAUACUAGUCCUAUACUAAUAACCUACAUCCAUACUAGUCCUAUACUAACAACCUACAUCCAUACUAGUCCUAUACUAACAACCUACAUCCAUACUAGUCCUGUACUAACAACCUACAUCCAUACUAGUCCUAUACUAAUAACCUAUCCCAGUCCAUUAAUACCAAAAAAAAAAAAAAAAAAAAAAAAAAAAAAAAAAAAAAAAAAAAAAAAAAAAAAAAAAAAAAAAAAAAAAAAAAAAAAAAAAAAAAAAAAAAAAAAAAAAAAAAAAAAAAAAAAAAAAAAAAAAAAAAAAAAAAAAAAAACCCCCCCCCCCCCCCCCCCCCCCCCCCCCCCCCCCCCCCCCCCCCCCCCCCCCCCCCCCCCCCCCCCCCCCCCCCCCCCCCCCCCCCCCCCCCCCCCCCCCCCCCCCCCCCCCCAAGGGGGGGGGGGGGGGGGGAAAAAGGGGGGGGGGGGGUUUUUUUUUGGGGGGGGGGAAAAAAGGGGUUUUUUAAGGGGGGGGGGGGGCGGGGGGGGGGGGGGGGGGGGGGGGGGGGGGGGAAAGGGGGAUAAAGGGGGGGGGGGGGAAAAAAAGGGGGGGCCCCAAAAAACCCCCCCGGGGGGGGGAAUCCAAAAAUGGGGGGGGGGGCCCCAAAGGGGGGGGGGGGGGUUUUUUAAACCCCCAAAAAGGGGGGGGGGGGGGGGGGGGAAAAAUUUUUUUUUUUUGGGGGGGGAAAAAUUUGGGGGGGGGGGGGGGGAAAAAAGGGGGGUUUUCCCCCUGGGGUUUUGGGGGGGUUUCUUUCCCUUUUUUUUUUCCCUUUUUAGGGAUUUGGGGUUUUAACUUCAAUCAGAUCCUCCCAAAUAAACCUUUUAAUAACAAAUACAUCCUACUGUCCUUACAACAACCUCACCCAAUUCCUUACUAACAACCACAUCCUCUAUCCGAUACCAAAACCUAAAUCCCCUACUAGCCCAUACUAAAACCCACACCAUACUAGUCCUACUAAAAACCUCAAAACCCAAAAGUCCUUACUAAAAAACCCUUACACCUUUUUAAAUUUCCAGGAAAACCACACCCAAAGCCAUUUUUCAACAAAACCCCACUAAAAGGGGGGGUCCAAAAUAAAACCCUUCCCUUUCCCCCGAAGAACCAAGCCAACAAGCCCCGGGGCGCCCUUUUCCACCCAAACCGCUAAUUUACCCAACCCCUUUACCGGGCUUGACCAAAACCCCCCCACCAAAGGGGCCAUCAAAAACCUCCUUUCCCUUCAAAACCACCCCCCAACAGGCCAAAAAAAAACUCACCCGCUACCACACAAAAAUAAAAACCCAGCACCCCAAAAAAAAACCCACUCCAAAACCAAAACCCCCACCAAAAAGCAAAAAAACCCCACCAAAGCCCAAAACCAACCACACCAAAAGGCCCCAAAAAACAAAAAACGCCCCAAAAACAACCAAAACCCCCAAACCAACAAAACCCUUUCACCCCCUACUAGCCAAAUAAACCCCUCACCAAAAUCCCAACAAUAAAAAUACUGUCCCAUAUAAAAAAUAAAAAUAUCCUUUCAAAAACCUAAUAUACUGUUUUCCAACUAAAAUAAAUUAAUCCUUCUAAAAAAACCCAACAUAAAGAAAAUACCCUAAACCAACAGCCAUAAAAAACCCCCCUCCAUAUAGCCAAAAAAAAAAACCUCACCAUACGCCUAAAUAAUAAAACCCAACCCCUCUAGCAACAAAACCCACUCCCAAUAUACAAUAAAAACUCACUUUUUAAAUACUAACAAUAAAUAUUUUCUGUUUUCCAUACUAACAAUAAUAAAAUUUUCUUUAAAACCUCAUCCCAAAUUUUCCCUUUAAAAAAAACCCCAUCCAACUGGGCAACUAAAAACCCCCCAUUUCUUUUUAUAAAAAAAUUUAAAUUUUUUUUUUAAAACCCCAAAACCCUACAGUUUUAAAAUAAAUUUUAAUGUUCCGAUCAAACUCCCUUUUCCCUUCUAAAACUUCCAACUUUGUCCGACAACAACCAAUUACUGCCCAAAAAACCCAAACCUCCCAGGGGGGCCAGAAAAAAAAUGACCAAUGGUUUGUUGGGGAAAAAGGGGUCUGGCCCAAAGACAAAAGUUUAAAGUUACCACAUACUAGACAAGUAAGAGAUGGAACUCACUGUCUACCACAUACUAGACAAGUAAGAGAUAGAACUCACUGUCUACCACAUACUAGACAAGUAAGAGAGGGAACUCACUGUCUACCACAUACUAGACAAGUAAGAGGAGGAACUCACUGUCUACCACAUACUAGACAAGUAAGAGAUAGAACUCACUGUCUACCACAUACUAGACAAGUAAGAGAUGGAACUCACUGUCUACCACAUACUAGACAAGUAAGAGAUAGAACUCACUGUCUACCACAUACUAGACAAGUAAGAGAGGGAACUCACUGUCUACCACAUACGACAAGUAAGAGAUGGAACUCAUGUCUACCACAUACUAGACAAGUAAGAGAUGGAACUCACUGUUACCACAUACUAGACAAGUAAGAGAUAGAACUCACUGUCUACCACAUACUAGACAAGUAAGAGAUGGAACUCACUGUCUACCACAUACUAGACAAGUAAGAGAUGGAACUCACUGUCUACCACAUACUAGACAAGUAAGAGAGGGAACUUUGUUUAAACAAGUUAAUAACUCUGCAUUACAUUUACAUUUACGUCAUUUAGCAGACGCUCUUAUCCAGAGCGACUUACAAAUUGGUGCAUUCACCUUAGCCAGUGGGACAACCACUUUACAAUUAUUAUUAUUAUUAUUAUUAUUAUUAUUUAUUUUUUUGGGGGGGGUAGAAGGAUUACUUUAUCCUAUCCCAGGUAUUCCUUAAAGAGGUGAGGUUUCAAGUGUCUCCGGAAGGUGGUCAGGUGACUCCACUGUCCUGGCGUCGUGAGGGAGCUUGUUCCACCAUUGGGGUGCCAGAGCAGCGAACAGUUUUGACUGGGCUGAGCGGGAACUAUGCUUCCGCAGAGGUAGGGGGGCCAGCAGGCCAGAGGUGGAUGAGCGCAAUGCCCUCGUUUGGGUGUAGGGACUGAUGAGAGCCUGAAGGUACGGAUGUGCCGUUCCCCUCACAGUUCCGUAGGCAAGCACCAUGGUCUUGUAACAGAUGCGAGCUUCAACUGGAAGCCAGUGGAGUGUGCGGAGGAGCGGGGUGACGUGAGAGAACUUGGGAAGGUUGAACACCAGACGGGCUGCGGCAUUCUGGAUGAGUUGUAGGGGUUUAAUGGCACAGGCAGGGAGCCCAGCCAACAGCGAGUUGCAGUAAUCCAGACGGGAGAUGACAAGUGCCUGGAUUAGGACCUGUGCCGCUUCCUGUGUAAGGCAGGGUCGUACUCUCCGAAUGUUGUAGAGCAUGAACCUGCAGGAUCGGGUCACCGCCUUGAUGUUAGCGGAGAACGACAGGGUGUUGUCCAGGUGUUGUCCAGGGGGGGGAUUCAGCAGGGAGGAGAAUGUGGCAAAGAACUUCCUAGGGUUAGAGGCAGAUGAUUGGAAUUUAGUGGUAGAAAGUGGCCUUAGCAGCAGAAACAGAUGAAGAGAAUGUAGAGAGGAGGGAGUGAAAAGAUGCCAGGUCCGCAGGGAGUCUAGUUUUCUUCCAUUUCCGCUCAGCUGCCCGGAGCUCUGUUCUGUGAGCUCGCAAUGAGUCAUCAAGCCACGGAGCUGGAGGGGAGGACCGAGCCGGCCGGGAGGAUACGGGACACAGAGAGUCAAAGGAUGCAGAAAGGGAGGAGAGGAGGGUUGAGGAGGCAGAAUCAGGAGAUUGGAGGGAGAAGGAUUGAGCAGAGGGAAGAGAUGAUAGGAUGGAAGAGGAGAGAGUAGCGGGAGAGAGAGAGCGAAGGUUGCGGCGGCGCAUUACCAUCUGUGUAGGGGCAGAGUGAGUAGUGUUGGACGAGAGCGAGAGAGAAAAGGAUACAAAGUAGUGGUCGGAGACAUGGAGGGGAGUUGCAGUGAGAUUAGUAGAAGAGCAGCAUCUAGUAAAGAUGAGGUCAAGCGUAUUGCCUGCCUUGUGAGUAGGGGGGGACGGUGAGAGGGUAAGGUCAAAAGAGGAGAGGAGUGGAAAGAAGGAGGCAGAGAGAAAUGAGUCAAAUGUAGACGUAGGGAGGUUGAAAUCCCCCAAAACUGUGAGGGGUGAGCCAUCCUCAGGAAAGGAACUUAUCAAGGCGUCAAGCUCAUUGAUGAACUCUCCAAGGGAACCUGGAGGGCGAUAGAUGACAAGGAUAUUAAGCUUAAAUGGGCUAGUGACUGUGACAGCAUGGAAUUCAAAUGAGGAGAUAGACAGAUGGGUUAGGGGAAAAAUUGAGAAUGUCCACUUGGGAGAGAUGAGGAUUCCUGUGCCACCACCCCUCUGACCAGAUGCUCUCGGGGUAUGCGAGAACACAUGGUCAGACGGCAUAUUAGCAAUAUAUUGCAACGUGAAUACCUACUCGUACGACAAGCCUCCUGGGCUCACUCUAGAUUCAGCGUCAAGCAGCGUGACCUCUGUGUGUUCCAGGGUAAUGCAGCGUGACCUCUGUGUGUUCCAGGGUAAUGCAGCGUGACCUCUGUGUGUUCCAGGGUAAUGCAGCGUGACCUCUGUGUGUUCCAGGGUAAUGCAGCGUGACCUCUGUGUGUUCCAGGGUAAUGCAGCGUGACCUCUGUGUGUUCCACGGUAAUGCAGCGUGACCUCUGUGUGUUCCAGGAUAAUGCCGACUCUCCCAGAGUGUGAUGAAGACGUAGACGACACCAAGCCAGACGAAGAUGGCGAGGAACCGUGUCUGUGAGUAUAACAGCCCUGGGUGGGGUGUUUCUGUGGAAUCUAUCUGUUAGUUCAAGUGGAACUGACAGCGUUUUAACUACUUUGCAGAUAUGAAACAAACAGACAAUCGUAAUAUCAGGCCAAAAUAUCCAAUUACCAGGUAAUGCUGCAAAAAUCAGCUUCAUAAGAGGUUUUAAAAAUGAGGUUAUAUUUGACUCAACAUUCCAUGACGUACUCUAAGGCAUUGUUGGCAGAAUAGAUGGAUGCAAUUCAAUACAUGAUUCAUAUAAUCCAACAAUACGUUUCUUGGUGGUCCAACAAAUAUUGCUAUCAGGUUGUAAAUCACAGCUGGCCUGGUACAUUGUUUGCUGCCUGCAGCCAUUCGGGAUUCAGUUUCAAUGACUCAAUAUUUUGAACAAAAAACGGACGAAUGUCAAUACAAAACAAACUAGCAAGGGCAAUGAUCACAAGUCAGUCGUAACGUUGCUAAUGGGCUAGCGUAUCUACGGUGCAUUCGGAAAGUAUUCAGACCCCUUGACUUACUCCACAUUUUGUUGUCUUACAGCCUGAAUUCAAAAUGGAUGAAAAAUAUUUAUUUCUCACCCAUCUACAGAAAAUACCCCAUAAUGACACUGAAAACAUGUUUUUAGAUUUUUUUUGGGUGAAUUUAUUGAAAAUGAAAUACAGAGGUGUGUUGGGUCAUUGUCCUGUUGAAAAACAAAUGAUAGUCCCACUAAGCCCAAACCAGAUGGGAUGGUGUAUCGCUGCAGAAUGCUGUGGUAGCUAUGCUGGUUAAGUGUGCCUUGAAUUCUAAAUACAUCACAGACACCAGCAAAGCACCCCACACAAUAACACCUCUUCCUCCAUGCUUUACGGUGGGAACCACACAUGCGGAGAUCAUCCGUUCACCCACACCACGUCUCACAAAGACACGGCGGUUGGAACCAAAAAUCUCAAAUUUGGACUCCAGACCAAAGGACAAAUUUCCACCGGUCUAAUGUCCAUUGCUCCUCUUUCUUGGCCCAAGCAAUUCUCUUCUUAUUGGUGUCCUUUAGUAGUGGUUUCUUUGCAGCAAUUUGACCAUGAAGGCCUGAUUCACACAGUCUCCUCUGAACAGUUGAUGUUGACUUUGGGCUGCAAUUUCUGAGGCUGGUAACUCUAAUGAACUUAUCCUCUGCAGCAGAGGUAACUCUGGGUCUUCCUUUCCUGUGGAGGUCCUCAUGAGAGCCAGUUUCAUCAUGGUGCUUGAUGGUUUUUGUGACUGCACUUGAAGAAACGUUCAAAGUUCUUGAAAUGUUCUGGAUUGACUGACCUUCAUGUCUUAAAGUAAUGAUGGACUGUCGUUUCUCUUUGCUUAUUUGAGCUGUUCUUGCCAUAAUAUGGACUUGGUCUUUUACCAAAUAGGGCUAUCUUCUGUAUACCCCCCCUACCUUGUCACAACACAACUGAUUCGCUCAAACGCAUUAAGAAGGAAAGAAAUUCCACAAAUUAACUUUUAAGAAGGCACACCUGUUAAUUGAAAUGCAUUCCAGGUGACUACCUCAUGAAGCUGGUUGAGAGAAUGCCAAGAGUGUGCAAAGCUGUCAUCAAUGCAAAGGGUGGCUAUUUGAAGAAUCUCAAAUAUAAAAUAUAUUUUGAUUUGUUUAACACUUUUUUAUUGGUUACUACAUGAUUCCAUAUGUGUUAUUUCAUAGUUUUGAUGUCUUCACUAUUAUUCUACAAUGUAGAAAAUAAAGAAAAAUCCUUGAAUGAGUAGGUGUGUCCAAACUUUUGACUGGUAGUGUUACAUGCCAAUGAUUUGUUUAGCAACGUGGAAUGAAUAGAAUGAACUACUGGGUCAGAACAUGAGAAUAUAAUUAACGACCAGUCUGUUUGGCAAACCCGGGAAUUAUCGUAAGGGCUGUUUCCCUUGGCUUUGCCGCUGACUUAACAGCCCUUAGUUCAGAGUUAUUUACACCAUAAUCCCCAGGUUUUCAUGCCUUUAUUGCUAAAAUAUAUGUGUGUGUGUUUUCUAAUGAUGUGUAUUUAACGAUCUGUGUGUAGGUCUCCCCCGGCUGCUCUGAUGACCCUCCUCUCCACGUGUGAGGAGUUGUGUGAGAGCAUCAUGGUCGGAGUGUGUGUAGGCGAGUAUGCAGUGGUUCAGCCUCUGUCUGUGGAGUACUGCUGUAUACUGGCUUACCUGCUGGCCUGGAAACUUCUGCUGUCCUUCUUCAAGGCUUCUCCCUCUCACGUAAGUCUACUGCCGUGAAUUAAUUAAUGACAGUUAAUUGGCAACCGAUCCCUAAGCAGAUUAAUUGACACAUAAACAAAUGUUACAAUAAUUCGCUGUGGUAAUUCAGUAAUAAUUAUUUCCGGUGUUCUGUGCGGUGCACACCGCAUAAAGAGUGACAAAUAAAUCAAUACUUACAGUUGAAAUCGGAAGUUUACAUACACCUUAGCCAAAUACAUUUAAACUCAGUUUUUCACAAUUCCUGACAUUUAAUCCUAGUAAAAAUUCCCUGUCUUAGGUCAGUUAGGAUCAACACUUUAUUUUAAGAAUGUGAAAUGUCAGAAUAAUAGUAGAGAGAAUGAUUUAUUUCAGCUUUUAUUUCUUUCAUCACAUUCCCAGUGGGUCAGAAGUUUACAUACACUCAAUUAGUAUUUGGUAGCAUUGCCUUUAAAUUGUUUAACUUGGGUCAAACGUUUCGGGUAGCCUUCCACAAGCUUCCCACAAUAAGUUGGGUGAAUUUUGGCCCAUUCCUCCUGACAGAGCUGGUGUAACUGAGUCAGGUUUGUAGGCCUCCUUGCUCGCAUACGCUUUUUCAGUUCUCCCCACACAUUUUAAAUAGGAUUGAGGUCAGGGCUUUGUGAUGGCCACUCCAAUACCUUGACUUUGUUGUCCUUAAGCCAGUUAGCCACAACUUUGGAAGUAUGCUUGGGGUCAUUGUCCAUUUGGAAGACCCAUUUGCGACCAAGCUUUAACUUCCUUACUGAUGUCUUGAGAUGUUGCUUCAAUAUAUCCACAUAAUUUUCCUUCCUCAUGAUGCCAUCUAUUUUGUGAAGUGCACCAGUCCCUCCUGCAGCAAUGCACCCCCACAGCAUGAUGCUGUCACCCCCUUGCUUCACGGUUGGGAUGGUGUUCUUCGGCUUGCAAGCAACCCCCCUUUUUCCUCCAUCUUCACAAGGUCCUUUGCUUUUGUUCUGGGAUUGAUUUGCACUUUUCGCACCAAAGUACGUUCAUCUCUAGGAGACAGAACGUGUCUCCUUCCUGAGCGGUAUGACGGCUGUGUGGUCCCAUGGUGUUUAUACUUGCGUACUAUUGUUUGUACAGAUGAACGUGGUACCUUCAAGCGUUUGGAAAUUGCUCCCAAGGAUGAACCAGACUUGUGGAGGUCUACAAAUUGUUUUCUGAGGUCUUGGCUGAUUUCUUUUGAUUUUCCCAUGAUGUCAAGCAAAGAGGCACUGAGUUUGAAGGUAGGCCUUGAAAUACAUCCACAGGUACAUCUCCAAUUGUCUCAAAUGAUGUCAAUUAGCCUAUCAGAAGCUUCUAAAGCCAUGACAUCAUUUUCUGGAAUUUUCCAAGCUGUUUAAAGGCACAGUGAAAGGCACAGUGAACUUCUGACCUACUGGAAUUGUGAUACAGUGAAUUAUAAGUGAAAUAAUCUGUCAGUAAACAAUUGUUGGAGAAAUUACUUGUGUCAUGCACAAAGUAGAUGUCCUAACCGACUUGCCAAAACUAUAGUCUGUUAACAAGAAAUUUGUGGAGUGGUUGAAAAAUGAGUUUUAGUGACUCCAACCUAAGUGUAUGUUAGCUUCCGACUUCAACUGUAUAUACACAUGUACCAUUUGCUGUAUAGGAGCUAACUAUAUUAUAAGUUAAUUAUAGCUAGCCCUUUUCUUUUAUUCCAGGCUUUAUCUAAAUAUUCCAAAAACGGAAAUACACAACGGACAAAAAAACAUUUUAGUUUCUCCUCAUGGCUCAGCCACAUAAUGCCAGGGUAUAUCUGGUGGACUGUCUCCUCAGCUACAUAAUGCCAGGGUAUAUCUGGUGGUCUGUCUCCUCAGCUACAUAAUGCCAGGGUAUAUCUGGUGGACUGUCUCCUCAGCUACAUAAUGCCAGGGUAUAUCUGGUGGACUGUCUCCUCAGCUACAUAAUGCCAGGGUAUAUCUGGUGGUCUGUCUCCUCAGCUACAUAAUGCCAGGGUAUAUCUGGUGGUCUGUCUCCUCAGCCACAUAAUGCCAGGGUAUAUCUGGUGGUCUGUCUCCUCAUGGAUCAGCCACAUAAUGCCAGGGUAUAUCUGGUGGUCUGUCUCCUCAGCUACAUAAUGCCAGGGUAUAUCUGGUGGUCUGUCUCCUCAUGGCUCAGCCACAUAAUGCCAGGGUAUAUCUGGUGGUCUGUCUCCUCAGCCACAUAAUGCCAGGGUAUAUCUGGUGGUCUGUCUCCUCAGCCACAUAAUGCCAGGGUAUAUCUGGUGGUCUGUCUCCUCAGCCACAUAAUGCCAGGGUAAUCUGGUGGUCUGUCUCCUCAGCCACAUAAUGCCAGGGUAUAUCUGGUGGUCUGUCUCCUCAGCUACAUAAUGCCAGGGUAUAUCUGGUGGUCUGUCUCCUCAGCCACAUAAUGCCAGGGUAUAUCUGGUGGUCUGUCUCCUCAGCCACAUAAUGCCAGGGUAUAUCUGGUGGUCUGUCUCCUCAGCCACAUAAUGCCAGGGUAUAUCUGGUGGUCUGUCUCCUCAUGGCUCAGCCACAUAAUGCCAGGGUAUAUCUGGUGGUCUGUCUCCUCAGCCACAUAAUGCCAGGGUAUAUCUGGUGGUCUGUCUCCUCAUGGCUCAGCCACAUAAUGCCAGGGUAUAUCUGGUGGUCUGUCUCCUCAGCUACAUAAUGCCAGGGUAUAUCUGGUGGUCUGUCUCCUCAUGGCUCAGCCACAUAAUGCCAGGGUAUAUCUGGUGGUCUGUCUCUUCAGCUCCAUAAUGCCAGGGUAUAUCUGGUGGUCUGUCUCCUCAGCCACAUAAUGCCAGGGUAUAUCUGGUGGUCUGUCUCCUCUGCUACAUAAUGCCAGGGUAUAUCUGGUGGUCUGUCUCCUCAUGGCUCAGCUACAUAAUGCAGCGCCUGUUCUCACCACUGUGUAGGUUCCUACAGUAGUCCAUACAUUUUAGCGGUUAGGUGUUGUUGUUAUUUCCGUUCAAGGUAGCUAACCAGUCUAUAACUAGGCUAGCUAACCAGCUACGUCUAUAGCUAGGCUAGCUAACCAGCUACGUCUAUAACUAGGCUAGCUAACCAGCUACGUCUAUAGCUAGGCUAGCUAACCAGCUAAGUCUAUAGCUAGGCUAGCUAACCAGCUAAGUCUAUAGCUAGGCUAGCUAACCAGCUACGUCUAUAGCUAGGCUAGCUAACCAGCUAAGUCUAUAGCUAGGCUAGCUAACCAGCUACGUCUAUAGCUAGGCUAGCUAACCAGCUACGUCUAUAGCUAGGCUAGCUAACCAGCUACGUCUAUAGCUAGGCUAGCUAACCAGCUAAGUCUAUAGCUAGGCUAGCUAAUCAGCUAAGUCUAUAGCUAGGCUAGCUAACCAGCUAAGUCUAUAGCUAGGCUAGCUAACGAGCUAACUCGCCAAGUAUUCCCCAACAGGUCUAUCUGUUGACUUGUCUUUCACCCUCACUGUAGUCAGACUUCGGCUGCCUAUAUUUACAGGCCUUACAAUUUACAAACUUUACAAUUUAAAUUAAAAAAAGUUUGACAGAGUUUGGUCAGGGUUUGGGUCAAUUCCAUUUAAAUUCCAGUCAAUUCAGGAAGUAAACUGAAAUUCCAAUGCUUUUCAAUGAAGAAAAUGCGGAAUUGGAAUGUUGUUUACUCUCUGAAUUAACUGGAAUUCAAAUGGAAUUCUAAUAAAAUUGCAUUGUAUUUGUCACAUGCUACGUAAACAACAAGGGGUAGACGAACAGUGAAAUGCUGACUUACAGGCCCUUCCCAACAAUACAGAGAGAUAAAAAAGAGAAAUAAAGAGAAAUAAAAGGAAAGUAUUAACACAAGGAAUAAAUACACAAUGAGUAACGAUAACUUGGCUAUAAACAUGAGGGUGCCAGUACCGAGUCGAUGUGCAGGGGGUAAUUGAGGUAGAUGUGUACAUAUAGGUAGGAUUAAUCCCAACCCUGGAGUGAGGGUCGUAUUAUUCCACCUUCUCCUCUUGAAAUCCGUAAAAACUUCAACUAGCUGUCAAUUGCCUUUUUCCUAAUUUCUCCCCCUCCCCUCUCAAAGCUCAUUGCAGGAGAGGAUCCAAGGCCCUUUCUUUCUGAACUCCGUUGAGCUUUUUGAAAGGGGAGGAAUGAGGAUACAAGGACAAAGGAAGGAUUACUGUGUCAGUCUCUACUCUCUCUCUACCUAAAGAAGGGUUCUAUGCUGACCUGUGUGUUCUCUCUCCAGCUGCGUGUCCAGUUCUCUCUCCAGCUGCGUGUCCAGUACUCUCUCCAGCUGCGUGUCCAGUUCUCUCUCCAGCUGCGUGUCCAGUUCUCUCUCUGCCUAAAGAAGAGUUCUUUGCUGACCUGUGUGUUUUCUUUCCAGCUGCGUGUCCAGUUCUCUCUCCUGCUGCGUGUCCAGUUCUCUCUCCAGCUGCGUGUCCAGUUCUCUCUCUUCCUAAAGAAGGGUUCUAUGCUGACCUGUGUGUUUUCUUUCCAGCUGCGUGUCCAGUUCUCUCUCUUCCUAAAGAAGGGUUCUAUGCUGACCUGUGUGUUUUCUUUCCAGCUGCGUGUCCAGUUCUCUUUCCAGCUGCGUGUCCAGUUCUCUCUCCAGCUGCGUGUCCAGUUCUCUCUCUACCUAAAGAAGGGUUCUAUGCUGACCUGUGUGUUCUCUCUCCAGCUGCGUGUCCAGUUCUCUCUCCAGCUGCGUGUCCAGUUCUCUCUCCAGCUGCGUGUCCAGUUCUCUCUCCAGCUGCGUGUCCAGUUCUCUCUCCAGCUGCGUGUCCAGUUCUCUCUCCAGCUGCGUGUCCAGUUCUCUCUCCAGCUGCGUGUCCAGUUCUCUCUCUUCCUAAAGAAGGGUUCUAUGCUGACCUGUGUGUUCUCUCUCCAGCUGCGUGUCCAGUACUCUCUCUACCUAAAGAAGUCCCUCCACAAGCUCCUCCUCCACCUGUUCAGACUGAUGCCUGAAAACCCCACCUUCACCGGCCAGGGGGCGGAGCCUGUCACCAAGGAGACCAAGACAUUCUUCACAGAGAGCCUCUCUCUGGACGUCAACAGUGGGUAGCAUACACGGACACACAUAGCAUGCACACACACUCACGAACACACACACGUCUGUCUCUAAUGCGGCUGUCUUUUCUCUGUCGCUCUCCCUCUCUCUGCAGAGUCUUCUGGUAUCCAGUAUGAGCUCCCCCAUCUGGCGUGUUGUGUGUACUACAGUGCAGUACAGGACCUGCCUGCCAUGGUUAGGUUGUGGUGGACCAGUCAGGAGAAGAGAGUUAGCCACACGGUGGAUAAGUUCACAGGACGAUACGUCUCGCCUGUCCUCUCUGCUCAGGAGAUCUCCUCUGUACACGCCAGCACACAGACCUUCGACAGCAUGACCGUGAGUAGAGCAGGGAGGAUGGAUGUGUGUGGGUGGGGUAGGGGGUAGGGGGUAGGGGGUGGGGGGGGGCUUCAUACCCCUUGAUUUAUUCCACAUUUUGCUUUUACAGCCUGAAUUCAAAAUGGAUUAAAUUGAUUCCACUAAGGGACAGUUUAGUCCAGGGGAUGAGCACGCUCUUCCACUAAGGGACAGUUUAGUCCUUUUCUGAGUCAAGAUCCCUUUCUGAGUCCAAAAGCAAGCCGAGAUCUACCGUUCAGAGAUAUCUUUUUUUACAUGACUUUAAAAAGCCAUUAACCUAGACAAAACAGUUCUGUAGCCAUGAGGUUUGUGCAGUAAGCUAUAGGGCCAAUACAUUAUCACUACAUAUUGGCUACGCUUGAAUUGUCCUGCCAAUGUUGUUCUUCUCAGAGCAUUUUGAAAUUAUAUUUCAGAAUUGUAGGUAUAUGAUCACACUGGUAAUAGAUCAUUUGUUGUAUUACUUGUGAGGCACAGCUGAGUGAGUGUAAUAAUUUAUAUUUUUUUAUUUUACUGGACUGAUGGUCUGCAUCUGAUUGUAAGUGAGGGGGGGGGGGGGAUAGAACAGCGGUGAGGCUGCAUCUCACCCGGCUCACCGUCCCUCCAAUCUCCCUCCCUCUGCUGAGAAAAGGGGACACAGUCUUCCAGCUGAUUGCAAAACUCAAGUCGCACAGCAUUACUUCUGCCUCAUGCACUAAUUCAUGUUGGUACUCCUAUGACCAGAGAAAGUGAAAUAUUCCUUGUUGAACAAGUGUUGACAGUGCUGAAUAACAAUGUUUUUUUGCUGUAUUCAUUGACUCUCUCUAGUCAUGGUUUUAAAAGUUUUGAACUCUCACAGUAUUAGUGAUGGGUCGUUCGCGAACGAACGGCUCUUUUGGAACGGAUCUUUUUGUGAACGUCGGGAACCUGAUCGCAUCGGUGAAUGAGCCGUUCAUUUGGCUCGCUGAUUUGCAUACUGCUACUACUGCUAUUUGAGCUCAAAAACAACGUUUUUCUGCAGAUAAGUUACAAAAUAAUUCUCUAAAGAGGGUGAAUCCUCACUGCAGAAACAGUAAAUAGUGGGGAGAGCAGGCCAUCUAAUAAUUUGGCGAGGUAAAAAUGUAUUUGAACAUGCAUUUCAUGAUCUGACAUAAAGGUAGCCUACCUUUUUGGGCUUUACAUUGGAGUUUUUAGCAAUUUUUUCAUGGUUCUAGGUCGUUAAAAAAAUCAUGUUUUUACAAAGAGCCGUUUGGGAUCCAAAUGAGACGUCUCUUUUACGUGAACAGAGCUAAAGUAGCCGGCUCACCGAAAAGAAUGCCCAUCACUACACAGUAUCGACUUUGCUGUUGCUCGACCACGAGACUCUUGCGAUCAGUCUGCGUGGUCAAUGCAGCACAUGUGACAAUGUUGACGACAACAAUGCUGUUUUCACUUUGCUUCUUAAUAUAAAUCCACUAGCGUUCUACAAUUACACUAUUCGUUUGUGUUUCUUACAUCUGCAAAUAGCUAGUUUUCUCUUUUCUUAGCAAGUUGUGGCUAAAUCGUGUUAGCCGCUAAUGCUAAUCGCUAGCUAUCUAAUAAAUGUACUGAGUCGUAGCUAGCUAUACAGUCUGAUACCAGUGAUUUUGUAGGCCUAAAUCGGCAUGUUCGUGCAACAGUAUCUUCUAAACCAAAGAGGAUUAGGUGAAUGAAUAUGUUAGCUACAUGAAGUAGAUAAGAGAGAACAUUUUAACGUAGCCAAAGAUUAUAGGGUCCCCUAGGAAACACUGACCAACACUUUGGUUCCUACCCUGUCACAAUAACUGCUCCCUGGCAUUUUCAUUCGUUGUCAUGUCAAACAACACUGUAUUCAAAGUGCCCACUAUUAUAUUCUAACUACAGACUUAUCAUAAUCAUUCUAUUUCCAUGAUUCCAACAGUUCACCCAAGUGUUUUGAUCUAAAUCGCAAGUCAAAUCGUAAUUGCAACGUUUGGUUAAAAAUAAGGCCUCGAUUUUUUUUGCCCAUAUCGUACAGCCCUACGUGGCAGUGUGGAAAUUCUCAAAUUAGUGCAGGAAAUACAUAAAUGUAUUUUUGGUUGAAGUUUAGUUGAACAGUAUAAAACAAAUCAGAAUGGAGAAAGACACAUUAAAUUCAAUCACUUAGAAUGUAUGUUGCCACUAUAGGGUCACGCACUGCUCAUAAAGCAAAUGUAGAACUUGUAUUAUUCAAAAACAUCAAAUACAGUCAAUUUGGAAAAUACUGUGAUAUGAUAUUUUGGCCAUAUCGCCCAGGCCCUACCUAUGGUCCGAGGAAACUGUGCAGUCACGGUGGUCUGAGCAGCCAGCGGUAGGACUAUAGGUGCACUUGAUUUGCUCUCUGGGCCUGCCGGGUAUGCUGAGUUCUACCUUCAGACACAUGAAAUGGUUCAAAAUGGGAACACUUUUCCUUCCCGGCGCCAGGGCUGCUGAAUCAAGUGCACCUACCGCCAACAGCGCUAAACGAAAGAAAGAUAUAGGAACACAAUGCUUUUAUCGUUGCUGUUUUUUUACAGGAAUGUUUGGUGAUCGACUACAAAUGCAUUGGAGAUCGAGCUAGUGGAUAGACCAGGGUUCUUCAAUUCCGGUCCUGGAGGGUCGAAACACUUCUGUUUUUUAUUUCUACCUGGUAGUUAAUUGCACUAACCUGGUGUCCCAGGUUCUGAAUUAGCCCCUGAUUAGAAGGAGAGGAUGAAAAACAGAGAUGUUUCGGCCCUCCAGGACCGGAAUUGAAGAACCCUGGGGAUAGACCAUAUGGUUUAGGAGAAAAUAUAAAUGAAUGAAAAAAGCAUCUUAUCCACAAUGGCAUUAAUUUCAAGUAUCUCUGAAACUCUUCUAACUCUUGCCUUCACAACUGACACCAGUUUGGCCACAGAACAUUUACAACAAAGACAUAUUGACAUUGUAAAAUAUAUAUGUGUGUAACAAAAUAUGCUGAUACCCUCGUUAAACACCAACGGCAUUCACUAAAUUGAUGGAAUUAUUCUAUUUUUAGUUUAAAAUCAUCUUAUUUGAUUAUUUUAUAUAUUUUACAUGUGAUAAGUACAGAAGAGUAUAAGGGCCAAUGGAAGAUAAAUAAAUGGUACUAAAAAUGUGCCAAUAUCUGGAAAAAAAAUAAACAUAAAACAGGUGUGAAUGAAGUGCCAAUAUUUCAAGAAUAACGUCUACAUUUGGAUAAUAAAUUCGCAGUUAUAGUUCAAGAUUAAAGUAGGGGAUUUGGUCAUUAAUUGCAUGUCUCCCUGUUGCUGUGUCCACCACCGUUGAAAUGCCUGAGGUAGAUGGCCUGGUCAAACUAUAUUUUAGAAUUUGGCUUUAGUGACAAGGAAAUCCUUGCUCUUUUAGCACAUACAAAUACAUUAUUAUUGUAAGUAUUAGGACCUGGAAGAGGUUGUGCCACAGAUUGGGUCUUUUCAGAAGGAGGAACCACACGGAGGUAUUUUAUCCAAGUUCCAGAUACAGCUGUUUUUAGUAACCCUGUCAACCAGAUACAGCUGUUUUAGUAACCCUGUCAACCAGAUACAGCUGUUUUAGUAACCCUGUCAACCAGAUACAGCUGUUUUAGUAACGCUGUCAACCACAUACAGCUGUUUCAGUAACCCUGUCAAACACAUACAGCUGUUUUAGUAACCCUGUCAACCACAUACAGCUGUUUCAGUAACCCUCAACCAGAUACAGCUGUUUUAGUAACCCUGUCAACCAGAUACAGCUGUUUUAGUAACCCUGUCAAACACAUACAGCUGUUUUAGUAACCCAGUCAACCAGAUACAGCUGUUUUAGUAACCCUGUCAACCAGAUACAGCUGUUUUAGUAACCCUGUCAAACACAUACAGCUGUUUUAGUAACCCUGUCAAACACAUACAGCUGUUUUAGUAACCCUGUCAAACACAUACAGCUGUUUCAGUAACCCUGUCAACCAGAUACAGCUGUUUUAGUAACCCUGUCAACCACAUACAGCUGUUUUAGUAACCCUGUCAACCAGAUACAGCUGUUUUAGUAACCCUGUCAACUAGAUACAGCUGUUUUAGUAACCCAGUCAACCAGAUACAGCUGUUUUAGUAACCCUGUCAACCAGAUACAGCUGUUUUAGUAACCCUGUCAAACACAUACAGCUGUUUUAGUAACCCUGUCAAACACAUACAGCUGUUUUAGUAACCCUGUCAAACACAUACAGCUGUUUCAGUAACCCUGUCAACCAGAUACAGCUGUUUUAGUAACCCUGUCAAACACAUACAGCUGUUUUAGUAACCCUGUCAACCACAUACAGCUGUUUUAGUAACCCUGUCAACCACAUACAGCUGUUUUAGUAACCCUGUCAACCAGAUACAGCUUUUUUAUACUGAACAAAAAUAUACACGCAACAUGCAAAGUGUUGGUCCCAAAGUUUCAUGAGCUGAAUUUUUUUUGCACAAAUGUGUUAACAUCCCUCUUAGUGAGCAUUUCUCCUUUUCCAAGAUAAUCCAUUCACCUGACAGGUGUGUCAUAUCAAGAAGCUGAUUAAACGGCAUGAUCAUUACGCAGGUGCACCUUGUGCUGGGGACAAUAAAAGGCCACUCUAAAAUGUGCAGUUUUGUCACACAACACAAUGCCACAGAGUGACUAGGCAACAGGAUAGAUAAUAAACAGUAGCAGCAGCGUAUAUGACGAGUAGAAAUAAAUGCAAAAAGGGUCAAUGCAGAUAGUUAAAUAGUUCACCAAAUAGAUACAAACUAACUAUUUAGCAGUCUUAUGGCUAGGGGUCGAAGCUGUUCAGGGUCCUGUUGGUCUGACUCACAGUCCCUUGUGUCUCUCUCCAGGUGAAAGGCCGUUAGGCAGCGCGGGAGGUGAUAGCUACCUACUCUGUGGAUGAUAUCAUCAUAGUGGAGUUAACCCCUCUCUCUCUCUCUCUCUCUCUCUCUCUCCGUCUCUCUCUGUCUCCUAGGUGAAAGCCCGUUCGUCAGCAUGGGAGGUGAUAGCUACCUACUCUGUGGAUGAUAUCAUCAAAGUGGAGUUAACCUCUCUCUCUCUUUCUCCAUCUCUCUCUGUCUCCUAGGUGAAAGCCCGUUCGUCAGCAUGGGAGGUGAUAGCUACCUACUCUGUGGAUGAUAUCAUCAAAGUGGAGUUAACCUCUCUCUCUCUCUCUCCGUCUCUCUCUGUCUCCUAGGUGAAAGCCCGUUCGUCAGCAUGGGAGGUGAUAGCUACCUACUCUGUGGAUGAUAUCAUCAAAGUGGAGUUAACCUCUCUCUCUCUCUCUCUCUCUCCGUCUCUCUCUGUCUCCUAGGUGAAAGCCCGUUCGGCAGCACGGGAGGUGAUAGCUACCUACUCUGUGGAUGAUAUCAUCAUAGUGGAGUUAACCUCUCUCUCUCUCUCUCUCUCUCCGUCUCUCUCUGUCUCCUAGGUGAAAGCCCGUUCGGCAGCACGGGAGGUGAUAGCUACCUACUCUGUGGAUGAUAUCAUCAUAGUGGAGUUAACCUCUCUCUCUCUCUCUCUCUCUCUCUCUUUCUCUCUCUUUCUCUGUCUCUCUCUGUCUCCUAGGUGAAAGCCCGUUCGGCAGCACGGGAGGUGAUAGCUACCUACUCUGUGGAUGAUAUCAUUAUAGUGGAGUUAACCUCUCUCUUUCUCCGUCUCUCUCUGUCUCCUAGGUGAAAGCCCGUUCGGCAGCGCGGGAGGUGAUAGCUACCUACUCUGUGGAUGAUAUCUUCAUAGAGCUGGUGAUCCAGCUGCCUCAGAACUAUCCUCUAGGCUCUAUCACAGUAGAGAGUGGAAGGAGGGUGGGGGUGGCUGUACAACAAUGGAGGAACUGGAUGUUACAGCUCAGUACAUACCUCACUCACCAGGUAACACACACUCACCAGGUAACACACACUCACCAGGUAACACACACUCACCAGGUAACACACACCAGGUAACACUCACCAGGUAACACACACCAGGUAACACUCACCAGGUAACACACACUCACCAGGUAACACACACUCACCAGGUAACACACACUCACCAGGUAACACACACUCACCAGGUAACACACACUCACCAGGUAACACUCACCAGGUAACACACACUCACCAGGUAACACUCACCAGGUAACACACACUCACCAGGUAACACACACUCACCAGGUAACACACACUCACCAGGUAACACACACUCACCAGGUAACACACACUCACCAGGUAACACACACUCACCAGGUAACACUCACCAGGUAACACUCACCAGGUAACACACACUCACCAGGUAACACACACUCACCAGGUAACACACACUCACCAGGUAACACACACUCACCAGGUAACACACACUCACCAGGUAACACACACUCACCAGGUAACACACACCAGGUAACACUCACCAGGUAACACACACCAGGUAACACUCACACCAGGUAACACACACCAGGUAACACUCACACCAGGUAACACUCACCAGGUAACACACACUCACCAGGUAACACACACUCACCAGGUAACACACACUCACCAGGUAACACACACUCACCAGGUAACACACACACACACUCACCAGGUAACACACACACACACACACACUCACCAGGUAACACACACACACACACACUCACCAGGUAACACACACACACACUCACCAGGUAACACUCACCAGGUAACACACACUCACCAGGUAACACACACACACACUCACCAGGUAACACACACUCACCAGGUAACACACACACACACUCACCAGGUAACACACACUCACCAGGUAACACACACUCACCAGGUAACACACACACACACUCACCAGGUAACACACACUCACCAGGUAACACACUCACCAGGUAACACACACUCACCAGGUAACACACACACACUCACCAGGUAACACACACUCACCAGGUAACACACACUCACCAGGUAACACACACACACCAGGUAACACUCACUCACCAGGUAACACACACUCACCAGGUAACACACACUCACCAGGUAACACACACUCACCAGGUAACACACACACACACUCACCAGGUAACACACACUCACCAGGUAACACACACUCACCAGGUAACACACACUCACCAGGUAACACACACUCACCAGGUAACACACACACACACCAGGUAACACUCACUCACCAGGUAACACACACACACACUCACCAGGUAACACACACUCACCAGGUAACACACACACACACUCACCAGGUAACACACACUCACCAGGUACACACACACCAGGUAACACACACACACUCACCAGGUAACACACACUCACCAGGUAACACACACACACACACACACACACACCAGGUAACACACACUCACCAGGUAACACACACACACACACUCACCAGGUAACAAUAUGAUUUUGCAAAAUUAUAAAAAACUAAAAACGGAUAUCACAUUUACAGAAGUAUUCAGACCUUUUACUCUGUACUUUGUUGAAGCACCUUUGGUAGCGAUUACAGCCUCGAGUCAUCUUGGGUAUGAUGCUACAAGCUUGGCACACCUGUAUUUGGGGAGUUUCUCCCAUUCUUCUCUGCAGAUCCUCUCAAGCUCUGUCAGGUUGGAUGGAGAGCGUCCCUGCACAGCUAUUUUCAUGUCUCUCCAGAGAUGUUCGAUCGGGUUCAAGUCCGAGCUCUGGCUGGGCCACUCAAGGACAUUCAGAGACUUGUUCCGAAGCCACUCCUGUGUUGUCUUGGCUGUGUGCUUAGGGUUGUUGUCCUGUUGAAAGGUGAACCUUCACCCCAGUCUGAGGUCCUAAGCGCUCUGGAGCAGGUUUUCAUCAAGGAUCUCUCUGUACUUUGCUCCGUUCAUCUUUCCCUCGAUCCUGACUCUUCUCCCAGUCCCUGCCGCUGAAAAACUUCCCCACAGCAAUGAUGCUACCACCACCAUGCUUUGCCGUAGGGAUGGUGCCAGGUUUCUUCCAGACGUGACAAUUGGCAUUCAGGCCAAAGAGUUCAAUCUUGGAUUUCAUCAGACCACAGACUCUUGUUUCUCAUAGUCUGAGAAACAAGAGUUUGCCUUUUGGCAAACUCCAAGCGGGCUGUCAUGUGCCUUUUACUGAGGAGUGGCUUCCCUCUGGCCACUCUACCAUAAAGGCCUGAUUGAUGGAGUGCUGCAGAGAUGGUUGUCCUUCUGGAAGGUUCUCCCAUCUCCACAGAGGAACUCUAGAGCUCUGUCAGAGUGACCAUCAGGUCACCUCCCUGACCAAGGCCCUUCUCCCCCAAUUGCUCAGUUUGGCCAUGCGGCCAGCUCUAGGAAGAGUCUUGGUGCUUCCAAACUUCUUCCAUUUAAGAAUGAUGGAGGCCACUGUGUCCUUCAAUGUUGCAGACAUUUUUUGGUACCCUUCCCCAGAUCUGUGCCUCGACACAGUCCAGUCUCAGAGCUCGACGGACAAGUCCUUCGACCUCAUGGCUUGUUUUUUGCUCUGACAUGCACUGUCAACUGUGGGACCUUAUAUAGACAGGUGUGUGCCUUUCCAAAUCAUGUCCAAUCAAUGUAAUUUACCACAGGUGGACUCCAAUCAAAGUUGUAGAAACAUCUCAAGGAUGAUCAAUGGAAACAGGAUGCACCUGAGCUCAAUGUCGAGUCUCAUAGCAAAGGGUCUGAAUACUUAUGUAAAUGUAAUAUAUACAUAUGUUUGAUGCAUACCUCACCUAUCACCUGGCCUGUUAGAGUGGUGCCUGAUACAUACCUCACCUAUCACCUGGCCUGUUAGUGGUGCCUGAUACAUACCUCACCUAUCACCUGGCCUGUUAGAGUGGUGCCUGAUACAUACCUCACCUAUAACCUGGCCUGUUAGAGUGGUGCCUGAUACAUACCUCACCUAUCACCUGGCCUGUUAGAGUGGUGCCUGAUAUAUACCUCACCUAUCACCUGGCCUGUUAGAGUGGUGCCUGAUACAUACCUCACCUAUCACCUGGCCUGUUAGUGGUGCCUGAUACAUACCUCACCUAUAACCUGGCCUGUUAGAGUGGUGCCUGAUACAUACCUCACCUAUCACCUGGCCUGUUAGAGUGGUGCCUGAUAUAUACCUCACCUAUCACCUGGCCUGUUAGUGGUGCCUGAUACAUACCUCACCUAUCACCUGGCCUGUUAGAGUGGUGCCUGAUACAUACCUCACCUAUCACCUGGCCUGUUAGAGUGGUGCCUGAUACAUACCUCACCUAUCACCUGGCCUGUUAGAGUGGUGCCUGAUACAUACCUCACCUAUCACCUGGCCUGUUAGAGUGGUGCCUGAUACAUACCUCACCUAUCACCUGGCCUGUUAGUGGUGCCUGAUACAUACCUCACCUAUCACCUGGCCUGUUAGAGUGGUGCUUGAUACAUACCUCACCUAUCACCUGGCCUGUUAGAGCGGUGCCUGAUACAUACCUCACCUAUCACCUGGCCUGUUAGAGCGGUGCCUGAUACAUACCUCACCUAUCACCUGGCCUGUUAGAGUGGUGCCUGAUACAUACCUCACCUAUCACCUGGCCUGUUAGAGUGGUGCUUGAUACAUACCUCACCUAUCACCUGGCCUGUUAGAGCGGUGCCUGAUACAUACCUCACCUAUCACCUGGCCUGUUAGAGCGGUGCCUGAUACAUACCUCACCUGACCUGUUAGAGCGGUGCCUGAUACAUACCUCACACUUGUGCUUUAAGUGUUGCGCUAACUAUCAUGUUCUCACUCUCUCUCUCUCUCUCUGUAAUAAUAAUAAUAGAACGGCAGUAUAAUGGAGGGCCUGACGCUGUGGAAGACCAACGUGGAUAAGCGGUUUGAAGGAGUAGAGGACUGUAUGAUCUGUUUCUCUGUUAUCCACGGAUCCAACUACUCUCUGCCCAAGAAGGCCUGCCGCACCUGCAAGAAGAAGUUCCACUCUGCCUGUCUGGUGAGUGGCGGAUAUUUACACAGGACAGCGCACGCACGCAUGCAAACGCACGCCACGCCACACCACACCACACCACAACACAACACACAAGCACUCAUGUGCACAAACUGCAAUACAAGAGAACACACUCAGAGGCAUAUACGCUCGUGGUCAAAAGUUUUGAGAAUGACACAAAUAUUAUUUUUUUACAAAGUCUGCUGCCUCAGUUUUUAUGAUGGCAAUUUGCAUAUUCUCCAGAUUGUUAUGAAGAGUGAUCAGAUGAAUUGCAAUUAAUUGCAAAGUCCCUCUUUAUCAUGACAAUGAACUUAAUCCCCCCCCAAAAAACAUGUCCACUGCAUUUCAGCCCUGCCACAAAAGGACCAGCUGACAUCAUGUCAGUGAUUCUCUCGUUAACACAGGUGAGAGUGUUGACGAGGACAAGGCUGGAGAUCACUCUGUCAUGCUGAUUGAGUUAGAAUAACAGACUGGAAGCUUUAAAAGGAGGGUGGUGCUUGAAAUCAUUGUUCUUCCUCUGUUAACCAUGGUUACCUGCAAGGAAACACGUGCCGUCAUCAUUGCUUUGCACAAAAAGGGCUUCACAGGCAAGAAUAUUGCUGCUAGUAAGAUUGCACCGAAAUCAACCAUUUAUCGGAUCAUCAAGAACUUCAAGGAGAGAGGUUCAAUUGUUGUGAAGAAGGCUUCAGGGCGCCCAAGAAAGUCCAGCAAGCGCCAGGACCGUCUCCUAAAGUUGAUUCAGCUGUGAGAUCGGGGCACCACCAGUGCAGAGCUUGCUCAGGAAUGGCAGCAGGCAGGUGUGAGUGCAUCUGCACGCACAGUGAGGCAAAGACAUUUGGAGGAUGGCCUGGUGUCAAGAAGGGCAGCGAGGAAGCCACUUCUCUCCAGGAAAAACAUCAGGGACAGACUGAUAUUCUGCAAAAGGUACAGGGAUUGGACUGCUGAGGACUGGGGUAAAGUCAUUUUCUCUGAUGAAUCCCCUUUCUGAUUGUUUGGGGCAUCCGGAAAAAAACUUGUCUGGAGAAGACAAGGUGAACGCUACCAUCAGUCAUGUGUCAUGCCAACAGUAAAGCAUCCUGAGACCAUUCAUGUGUGGGGUUGCUUCUCAGCCAAGGGAGUGGGCUCACUCACAAUUUUGCCUAAGAACACAGCCAUGAAUAAAGAAUGGGACCAACACAUCCUCCGAGAGCAACUUCUCCCAACCAUCCAGGAACAGUUUGGUGACGAACAAUGCCUUUUCCAGCAUGAUGGAGCACCUUGCCAUAAGGCAAAAGUGAUAACUAAGUGGCUCGGGGAACAAAACAUCGACAUUUUGGGUCCAUGGCCAGGAAACUCCCCAGACCUUAAUCCCAUUGAGAACUUGUGGUCAAUCCUCAAGAGGCGGCUGGACAAACAAAAACCCACAAAUUCUGACAAACUCCAAGCAUUGAUUAUGCAAGAAUGGGCUGCCAUCAGUCAGGAUGUGGCCCAGAAGUUAAUUGACAGCAUGCCAGGGCGGAUUGCAGAGGUCUUGAAAAAGAAGGGUCAACACUGCAAAUAUUGACUCUUUGCAUAAACUUAAUGUAAUUGUCAAUAAAAGCCUUUGACACUUAUGGAAUGCUUGUAAUUAUACUUCAGUAUACCAUAGUAACAUCUGACAAAAAUAUCUAAAAACACUGAAGCAGCAAACUUUGUGAAGACCAAUACUUGUGUCAUUCUCAAAACUUUUGACCACGACUGUAGGUUAUCACACACAAACUCACACUCAUUGUCAUGUUACUCACGCUGUCUCUUAUCUCUCCCCUCCUCUCCAGUACAAGUGGUUUACUUCUAGCAACAAGUCCACCUGCCCCCUGUGUAGAGAGACCUUCUUCUAG